AUGCAAUACAAUUUCUUAAUAUUGCAAUUCUCCACGUCGCGUUGUAUUGAUUACCCAUACCGCCACAAUAGAUUUAUUCGUGAAUUAUACAUGUGCGCUUUAAUUCGCUUGUAUAAACACUUGGUUGUCGACCUCAAAGAGUUACCGGGAGAAGGGCCGAAUCUUCGGAAAGCAUCUGCUUGGAGCGGAAAGCGUUGGGCGGAGAAGCUCGAGAUUGAUCUGGAGAAAUCUGGGGAACAAUAUGGUGGAGGAGAUCCCAUGCCGCCGUGCCGUGUUGAGAGGCACGCGCCGCCGCUUCAUCCCGGCACGCCUACGCGCAACGUUCGAGGCGCCGCCUGCGCCUGCCCAGUCGCUGCACAUCGAGACGGGGCCGCCGCGCACCUGUUGUGGUGGCUGCGCCGUCGCGUUGCCCUAACGCACCCUCAGCGCAGCGCUCGAGGCACCGCCGUUUGCGCCUGUAGCGAGGAGUCUCUGCGUGACGCCUAUCUGGGCGCCAGUGAAGUCGUAGACUUCCGCGGCCUGAGUCGUGUGCGUGAUCUU